UCAUUCACUCAGGUUGGCUACAAAUUCAGAAAUCUAACCUAGAAUUUAAAUGCUUAUUUCGAUAAUUAUUAUGAAAAAAACCACUGAAAAGUGAAAAAUAUUACAUAGUUAACGAUAAUUACUUCAAAAUUAACUCAUAAUGUGAUCUUAAACAGUUGUAAACAUAAACGCCAACCAAAGUACUACUAAAAACAUUUUGAAUGAAAAAACAAGUCUGUAACAAAAUUCAGCGAAACCCACUGGAAUAUGUCUUCUUCAGACUCUGACCUUUCUGAGUGCGAAAAUGAUUAUUUCCAAUUCAACCAAGAUGAGUACUACAGCCCCCCUUUGAUUAAAAAAAAAAGUCGUUUAAUCGCCACUGUCGUCCAAAACCAAGUGGGCGUCCUCAGCGACCUCCUCGAUUCUCCCAGAUGGUAUAACGUUCGAGACUAUUGCGGUUACAGUUUACUGCAAAUAGCAAUUCUUACAGACAAGAUUGAAGUUUUUGAUUAUAUGUUAUCCAUUCCGGAUUUUCCCCUUGACUUCGUGAAUGAAGAAGGACAAACAGCGUUGGUAAUUGCACUUGAUCGUUAUGUAAGUCAUAACGAUAUUUGGACGAGGGAGCAUUUUGUAUAUGAACUAAUCAAAAAAGGUGCCUGCAUUGAUAACGUCUAUUUUGAAGGAGGUACACCUUUACACUGUGCCUUAGAUCGUGGUUACUAUAGAGCAGCUAAGCUCCUUAUAGAACGGGGGGCUGAUAUUAAUGCUCCCAAUUCUCAACAAGACACCCCUCUUACCAGAACUUUGUGCAAAAAAAAUAACGAACUAAUGAUGACUCUGUUGGUGUGUGGAGCACAACCUACGGUCCUUAACUUUGAACAAUCUGUUUUAAGUAAUAACUCUUUUGAAGUACAAGAAACUCUAUUUUUGUACAUUUAUGAUGAGUAUUCGAACCUGGAGUUGCGCCUGCUAGUAUUGCUACAGCUUGCUGAGGCAAAAUCACCACUGUUCUACCACAUUAUUCAAUGCCCUAUUAAAAUAACAGUUCAGUAUGAGUUUUUAAAUCUCUACUUUCGGAUUUUGUGUUCCAUAAGCAUUGAUUGUCUGCAUCUCGUUAUUCAAAAAUGUGGCCACAAUAUGAAUAAGGUGUUUUCAAGAAAAACAUCUUCAAACGCUAAUUACUGGACUGGCGCGGGCAAGGUUAUUUGUUUAGAAAACUUAAAUGUGAUGCUCGAAAGCAAAUUAAGACCAAGUGUGCUAACUUUUAUUAAUAAUAUCAAUAGUAGGGACGUAUUUGAGGAUUUGAUAGGACUUGGAUAUGAUGAAACUGCCAUAACUCAAUUCUACUGUUAUUUAUUAGGUUAUGGGUUGGAUAUUGGAGAGUUAGAUUUGCAUGCUAUAUAUAGAGUAUUCGGUUACUGCGAAUUGUUUAAAAUUCUUUUGCACAUGGACAUAGAUACGAGCUUUUUUCAAGAAGAAGACGUAAAAAUGGUGGUGCCUGUUUUUGUGUAUGAUAUUAAUAUGAAUGUGGAACGUUUUCUCGAAGAACGGGGUGAUUAUUAUGCGGAUAGUAUUUAUGUAUUACAAAGUUAUUUCGUCCAUCCGAAAUUAGAUGAAAUUUGUUACCAAACUGAUCGAAUGAUUGGUUAUUCGAAGGUACAGAGUUUUCAAGAAAUCCCCCUAUUGGUAGAACUAGCGCGAAAUGUUUUUAGGGAGUUUUUUGUUAAAAAGUUUAACAUUCAAACGUGCAAAGAGUUUUACGCGAGACUCAAUGGCCUGCCAGUUAGUAACGUACACAAAAAGAUUAUUACAUAUGAAACAGAAUUGUAUUAAAAAUAACUAUUUUAUAGUUAUAUUCAUAUUUUUGUUACUAGUAAGUGGAAUUUGUUUCUCAUUUGUUUUCUGCAGUAUUUUUCUAUUGAAAAUAAAUGUUACAACUGCUACAUGUGUUAAAAAUCAUUAGAAUAGUACUUGUUGUAAUUUGUAAUACUACUGUGGUUCAUUUAUAAUGGAUGUCAAACUUAUGCAACCCACAAUGCAAACAUCCCUGACGUUUGUAACCAGGUUCAUUAUGUGU